CUUCAAUUCAAACAAACUUCACUUCAACAAUACAUAAAUUAACCGGAUCACAUAAAUCUUAUAAUAAUAUUCCAAUUUUCGCGCGCGAAUUCUUGGAUUUUACUUGUUUAUAGAUAUAUACAAUGGAGAGGUACGAGCAGUACGAGAGAGUUUUCAACCACUUCGACUCCAACGGCGACGGCAGAAUAUCUCCUGAGGAGCUCCGGCACUGCGUGGCCUCAAUAGGCGGUGUGAUGACGGCGGCUGAGGCGGAGGCGGCGGUGGCGCUGGUGGAUUCCGACGGAGAUGGGCUGAUGUGUUUGGAUGAUUUCGUGAGGAUAGUGGAGGGUGCUGGUGAAGAAGAAAAGGCGAGAGAUUUGAAAUGGGCGUUCAAAUUGUACGAAAUGGAGGGAAGCGGGUGCAUUACACCGGAGAGUUUGAAAAGAAUGCUUAGCAAAUUGGGUCAGAGGAGUACCGUUGACCAGUGCAGGAAUAUGAUUGCUCGUUUUGAUAUUAAUGGAGAUGGUGUUCUCAAUUUCGACGAGUUUAAGGUUAUGAUGUCGGCUUGUUGAUUGACGACACUACGUACAUACGAUACGACGUCGUCACUAGCUUUGUUCUGUAUGUGUAAGUAUGUAGAUAAUACUUGAGCAUUGAUUGUACGUGACAAUAUUGGUUUGUUCUUUGACAUUCUUUUUGUGGGAAUUAUAUUUUUCCUCACCACAAUUUAUAGUAUACACACUUCAAUU